AGAGUGCCCGGUGCAUCCUCCUCAAAUCACAUCAACGAUCUAGGCUGGUCCUACUUCUCACUUAAUUAACCAACUCUUUACGACCUUUUACGAAACUUCCAUUCCUUCUUUUACCACUUUUUAAUCAACCAAUCAUCAUGCGCGUUUCCACCAACUUUGUCUUGCUCGCCAUCUUGGCCUACAAAAGCAGCAACGUCUUGGCUCUCCCCGUCGAUUCAUUCGAGGCUGCCCUCGCUGCCCGUGACUUGGAAGAAGUCGAGGCUCGCGGCAUCGGUUCACUCCUUGCCAAAGGCGCCGCCGCCGUCGCCAAGAAGGAGGCACCCAAACUGGAGAAAAAGGUCGUAUCUAGCGUUGCAAAGAAGGAGGCACCCAAACUCGAGAAGAAGGUCGCCUUGGACGCAGGAAAGAAGAUUCUAUCCAAGGUCACCUCCUCAUCCUCAUCCUCUUCCUCUUCACGCAAACCCAAGAAUCUCCGCAUCGACGUCCCUGGCUCCAAAUCUUCUGCCCCCAAGCGCGGUGGUGGUGUGAGCCCCGGCGGUCUCAAGUCGGGUCUCAGCACUGGUGGCAAGUCUGCUCUCAGGACUAGCGGCCUCAGGUCCGGUUUGAGCACCGGCGGCCUCAAGUCUGGUCUCAGCACCGGUGGCAAGUCUUCUCUUAGGACUGGCGGCCUCAGGUCCGGUCUCAGCACCGGCGGCCUUAGGUCUGGUCUGAGCACUGGCGGCCUCAAGUCUGGUCUUAAGACUGGCGGCCUCAAGUCUGGUCUCAAGACUGGCGGCCUCAAGUCUGGUCUCAAGAGCGCAGGCCUCAAGUCUAGUGGUCUGAAGUCUGGCGGUCUUAAAUCUGGCCUGAAGUCAGGUGCCAAAUCUGGCCUCAAGUCUGAGCGCAAGUCCGGCGAGCGCAAAUCGACCAAAUCCAGCGAGAGUUCCCGCCUCCGAGGGCAGCUCGCUGGUGAGCGCAAGACGGAGAAGGGUCUGCGUGGCGCUCUCACCAAAGAGAAGGGUGUCGAAGCUGCUCUCCGCAAAGAGCUUGCCGCCGCGCGCAAGGGAGCCAGCGGUAGCCGUAGCAAGAGCCCUUCCGCUCUCGGCACCCCCAAGUUCACUCCCAAGAGUUCUUCUCUUCGCACCCCCAAGACCUCUUCGUCUCUCCGCACCCCAAAGAGCUCGUCGCUCCGCACCCCAAAGAGCUCUUCUCUUCGCACCCCCAAGACCUCUUCGUCCCUCCGCACCCCCAAGAGCUCGUCUCUUAGCUCUUCAUCUCUUCGCACAUCGUCGAAGAUCCCUGUUCGCACUUCUCUGAAGACCCCUACCUCUGCUCGUACCCCCAAGACCCCCACCUCUGGUCUUCGCACACCCAAGACGCCCAACUCUGCCAGCCGCACCAAGACCAGGCCCAGCGCUGAGUCUGGCUUCCGCUCGGCGCUCGCCAAGGAACGCACGGCGGGUGCAGGUCUUCGCAAGGAGCUGUCUGCUGAGCGCAAGGCCGAGGCAGGUUUCCGUAAAGAGUUGGCUGCUGAGCGCAAGGCCGAGGCAGGGUUCCGUAAAGAGUUAGCUGCUGAGCGCAAGCAGGACGCUGCUCUUCGCAAGGAGCUCGCUGCUGCUCGAGGUGCUGGAUCACGCCUUGGCAGACAAGGAUCACGGGCUGGACGCGAGGGAUUCCGCAGUGGACGAGAGAACUUCCGAGGCGGACGUGAAGGAGGCAGACGUGAGGGCUUCCGAGCUGCACGGGAAGGUUUCCGGGCUGCAGACAGCUUCAACUCUCGGCCCCAGCAAACCAACGACGAGUAAAUAACAUGAUCGACUACCUGUAGGUUACGCGAGACCGCUUGUAUGAUAUAGUAUUAGGGGAAAAUCGUAAUGGUUUCUUGAUGUGAA